CUUCAAUCUGCAUGAAUAUUCUGCUUUUAUGAAAGAAACACUUAUUGUUAUUGUAUCAGUAUUUAAAAAACGAAUCCUGCUGCUUUUCUAGUACAGCAGUAGUAUACUAGUAGUAUACAGUAGUACUGUACCGCAACCCAGAGAGAAAUACUUGUGCAUUUGAGAGCUUUUGCAAUAAUAUUUUUAAUGGAAAGGUGAUGAGAGGAGCUACAAUGAUCUGUAUUUAAUGAGACCUGGACCCUGACUCUUCUCCUCCUUCAGAUGAGUUCCUCUGCAGGAACCACACGAUACACCACAGCUUCUUCCCCAGCGGAGACGUUGGUGGGACGCCGAGGGCUCCGCCUGGACCUCCGCCUGGACCUCCGCCCGGACCUCCGCCCCGGAGCCGCUGCGCCCGCCGGGACACAAAGGCCCGUUUCAGAGGAAGCGGCGGGCCCUGCAUGUUAAUGAAGACGGCCUUUUCACUUGGCCAGACGUGUGACCUCCACAUGUUUCCACAGACGUCCCGAGGUCCUCUGCUCAUGACGGACUUCAGAGAGGAAGCAAGUUCUGCUUCUUCACACUGAAACACGAGGAGAUCCGAAGCUGCUGGAACAUAAAGACAUAACGUGACGUUCUGACAUUACAUCUUUGUUCCCCCGCUGACCUCCCUGACCUUUGACCUCCUCCCUUUGUGUCUUCAGUCAGAACCGACCCGUUUCCUACAGGAUGAACUGCGUCUUUGUCUCGGUGAUAAAUGAACUCCUCACGCGGACGCCGUCCGAUUGUUUGCUUCAAACACUGAAACUCUGUGAGGAGGAAACGUCGUCGCUCGUCUGUUAUUCGUCACGAGGGACAACUCGCUCAUUUCAGUUUCUGGUUUGUCUCCUGGGAGACGGCGUCCUCAGAUGGAGGACCGCGGGGACUCGUCGCCUAGGCAACGCGUGAAAAGGCUCUGCGGGCCGCUGAGUCAUCACCUGGCAGGCGGCCUUAACCCGAAGCUUACAAACACUCGGCUUUGUGGCCUUUCUCAUUUAGUCGCACUAGUCACAUUUUGUGUUCUUUUUUAAUGUUUGUGUCUCUUUUAUUAUACUUAAAGAAGUUGCUGCGUUCACCAUCGACCUUCCGUAACCUCUGACCCUUUUUUGAUAUCCAACCCGUUUGUCUUGACGCGAGGAGAGGAGGUGAGGAGGUGAGGAAGAGGAGUCCGUGAGGAGGCACCAGUCCGUGGGAGAAACAAACGAGGAGCCUCGUCCCACUGCAGCGCUGAAGAAGACGAAACAUUGUCCUGGCCGAGGAGCCUCGAGGUGCAGAUGAAGUCCACAGAAAGAAUUCUCUUCAUGCAGGACACAAAUGCUCUGUUAGACCUUUGACCUUUGCACCAAUGCUGAGGUUGUUCGACGUGUUUUUGCCCUCACUUUUACCCAUUUAGGUAAGAUUUGUAUCUUGAUCAAUGCAACGUGUUGAUUUGAAAGCAAUCCGAUCAUUAAACGCAUCUGAUUAAAAAGAACGGUGCUAAUUUCACCUGCUCAUAGCAGCCUUUCUACAAAUGAUGCAAAUAACUCAAAUGCUCCACUGCUCCUCAGCUCGAGGUGGAUUCAAAGAGCAGGAACAUUCCCACCACCUCUGCAGGACGUCCUGCAGUUACAUCCAGGCCUCCUGAUGAAUUCCUGCCGUCUCUUCUCACGUUGUUCUGAUGCAAAGCGAGCCGGGCCGAUGGCGAGGGUCCUCGAUGGAGCGCUGAAUGGAAGCGCUGCUUUUCAGACCCAUUGAGGCGGAUGAAUGGACGCGUAGAAUCCAGGCUGAGGCUGAACCGGCGCUCGGCGUUUCGCGCCGCGCACAAAGCCGUCUGCAUUCCACGCUGCACCUCUUUGUCUUAUUCACUGAAACUCCAUCCGUGUGCAAACACUCAGACCCCCCCAGGAUGGCAGACGUGAAGCUUCCUUCAGGGGAACGUGGAUGAGACCAGCUCAUCCUGCAGGGACACAUGAUGGGAAUCUUCUUGUGAUGAAAACAUGACAGAAGCAGCCAUCAGCGCGUGUUGCUCUUGUAGCAGAGAACAGCGGACGGGUUCUCAGCUUCUCCCGGUCGUUGCGUUCGAGUCUCCAUAUUUCUCUUUGCUUGUUUGCUUUUGUCGAGUCGUUGUGGUUCCGGAAGCUUACAUGACGUCUUCUUGCAAUAAAAGUGUUUAAAUCAUUUUUAAAUGUGAAUUUCAAAUCCUUCUUACACAACUUUUUGAAAUAAAUCUCCUCUUAUAGUUAUUACUAAUUAAAUAAUAGUUUAUUUUUGUGUGAAAGUGGCACAAAAUGUGAACGUGGGCCUUUACUCCAUCCUUGAAAGUACAAUAUGCAAACUGUGUGUGUGUGUGUGUGUGUGUGUGUGUGUGUGCGUGGCCACGCCCCCUCCCAGUGACGCCACACGUCCAUCACAGCAGCGUCCUCCGGCGCUCCGGCGGACCGCGCAGAGACCGACGUGAAGCGGCGUGUGUGCGCGCGUCUGUCCGCGUUCGCAUGAACCUUUAACGGAGGAUCGUAAAUAUUAUCACAAGUCUUUUAUUACUUGUGUUUCUUUGUGUGGAGCUUCAAGGCGAAAGAGAAGAGGAAGAAAUUAACCCGCAUCAGCUCGUCGCGCACCUGAUCGGAGCGUCCGGCGUCCGGCGUCCGGCCAGCAGGAGAUGAAACGCUGCCGAUGAACGCAUCGUGUUUGGAGCUCCGGCCAUGGCUGCCCAUCGCAUCAUCAGAGCGACGAGCAGCAACCACGUCCUCCCUCGCUGCAAGUCUGAGGGGACGCUCAUCGACCUCGGCGAGGGGGUCACGGGGGCCGGCCUCAACGAUGUCAAAGUGCCUUCUCCCAGUGCCUUGAGGCUGGACACGUCGGCGUCCUAUGGAGACGCGCAGGAAGUGGUCGCCAUAAAGGAUUACUGCCCCAGCAGCUUCACCACGCUGAAGUUCGCCAAAGGCGAUCGGCUGUACGUGUUGGACACGUCGGGAGGAGAGUGGUGGUACGCCCACAACCACACGGAAAUGGGCUACAUCCCAGCCGCCUACGUCCAGCCGGUCGACUUCAGGAACUCCUCGCUUAGCGACAGCGGGGUGAUUGACAGUCUCGGGGAAGGCUACGAGGACUGGUCAAAGGAGUUCGGAGGCAUGGGGGAGUGGACAGGGACGAGCCUGAAGCCCUCGCCAAUCUACAACAACAGCCCCCUACCUGCGAACCCCUUUACACGCCAGUUAGAUCUCAACUGCGAAGAUUUAAGUUUGAGGAACUCAAACCUCAUUAUGUUUGAUGCACUUGCAUCUCCAUCGUCUUGCUCAAGCUUUAACCCCAAUACAGUCUUGACCAACGGGUUUAGCAGCUGCCACAUUAACAGCACCACCCCGACUAGCCCAAACCAAGAGGUUGCACCUGGCAUCCACAGGGAUAACCCGUUUUUCCGGAGUAAACGUUCCCACAGUCUCUCAGAACUGUCAGUACUGCAGGCGCAGUCAAAUCCAAUGUUACCUUCAUCGGGGUUCUUCACAGGCCUCAAGGCUCCUUCACCAGAGCAGUUUCAGAGCAGGGAGGACUUCAGGACUGCAUGGUUGAACCACAGAAAGCUAGCCAGGUCUUGCCAUGAUCUUGACUCCCUGGGCCAGAGUCCCGGAUGGGGUCAAACACAGCCGGUGGAGACCAACAUCGUUUGCAGGCUGGACAGCAACGGAGGAGUCGUUCAGCUUCCAGACACACAAAUCAGCAUCCACAUCCCAGAGGGCCACGUCAGCCAAGGAGACCACCAGCAGAUCUCCAUGAAAGCCUUACUAGACCCUCCCCUGGAGCUCAACAGCGACCACUGCUCCUCUGUCAGCCCCGUGGUGGAGAUCAAGCUGAGCAACAUGGAGAUCAAGUCCUUCAUCACGUUGGAGAUGAAGGUGCUGGUUUCUGUUAAGAAGGACAGUCGUCACACUGCAAAGGUGCUUUGCGUUCGAAGUGAUUGUAAAGAAGGGCCUUACGCGCCCAUCCCUAAUGCUUACCUCUACAGUGACACAGUCCAGGUGCAGCUGGACAGUCUAGAGCCUUGCAUGUACGUGGCUGUUGUGGUUCAGUCGGAGUACAUCAGCCACAAUACCACCGUUUGGGACCAUGUGCAGAGGAAAGUGACCCUAGGCGUCUACGGGCCCAAGCACAUUCACCCCUCCUUCAAGACCGUCGUGGCCAUGUUCGGCCACGACUGCGCCCCAAGUACCUUGUUGGUCAACGAGGUGGGCCGGCAGGCGAGCUCCAGCCCGCCGGUGGCCCUGCAGCUGUGGGGGAAGCACCAGUUUCUGCUGGGCUUCGCCCAGGACCUCCUGGUGGGUUUGUACUCCAACAUGUCCAACUACCAUGUGAGGGCGAACGAGGGUGCCGGCGUGAUUCGGGGAUUUCAGAUCAAACUUGGGAAAGUCAGCCGGCUCCUGUACAUGAUCACGUCGCAAGACCCUGACGGCCUUUCGGACUUUACUCUCAGGGUCCAGGUCAAGGACGCCCUCGGCUGCAUCCUCACCCAGUUCUGCGUGCAAACGCCACCGCCGCCAACCAGUGGAGCGAGGAUGACAGGCCAGCGGAGGUUCCUGAAAAGGAAAGAGGUGGAUAAGAUCGUCCUCUCGCCGCUGGCCGCCUCUUCCAUAAGUCCAAAGUUCCAGGACCGUUGCGUCACAAACCUUAAAUUCGGCAAGUUGAUCAAAACGGUGAUCAGGCAACACAAGAGCACGUAUCUGCUGGAGUACAAAAAGGGGGACGUCAUCGCUUUGCUCAGCGAGGAGAAAAUCAAACUGCGAGGCCAGCUUCGGACCAAAGAGUGGUACAUUGGAUACUAUCAAGGGACGGUGGGGCUCGUCCACGCCAAGAACGUUUUAGUUCUGGGCAAGGUCAAGCCCAUUUAUUGGGUCGGGCCGGACCUGACCACCACGAUCCUGCUGGAGCAGAUCUUGAAGCCUUGCAAAUUUCUCACGUACAUCUACGCCACAGUGAGGACGGUUUUAAUGGAGAAUGUGGGCAGCUGGAGGGCGUUCGCGGACGCCCUGGGAAACGAAAAUCUGCCAAUGAGUUACUUCUGCCGGACGGAGCUGGACAACGAGGCGGAGAAGGUCGCUUCGGUUUUGGAGAAACUCAAAGAGGAUUGUACGAACGUGGAGAACAAGGAGAGGAAGUCCUUCCAGAGGGAACUCAUGAUGGCGCUGCUGAAGAUGGACUGCCAGGGUCUGGUGGCCCGGCUGGUCCUGGACUUCGUGCUGCUGACCACGGCGGUGGAGGUGGCGUUAAGGUGGAGGGAGCUGGCGGAGAAGCUGGCCCGAGUGUCCCGGCAGCAGAUGGAGGCCUACGAGGCUCCGCACCGCGACCGGAACGGACUGCUGGACCACGAGUCCAUGUGGAAGCCGGCCUACGACUUCCUCCUGACGUGGGCGGCCCACGUCGGGGACAGCUACCGAGACGUGAUCCAGGAGCUCCACCUGGGCCUGGACAAGAUGAGGAACCCCAUCACCAAGAGGUGGAAGCACCUGACCGGCACGCUGAUCCUGGUCAACUGCUUGGACACGCUGCGCGGCGCCGCCUUCUGCCCCACCGGCUACGGAGACUUUGCCGUAUGAGCUCGAGCGGGCCGGCUCUGGCAUGUGACCUUUGACCUUGAAGUCCAGGGUGUCUUCCGGGUCACCUCUGCUAGCGUCUUUCUGUCCUCUGGUCUUUAAAGACUUUUAAUGUACUUUGUGAGUCCAGUGUCUUCAACAACACGGCAGACCUCAAACCACAGCAGAUCCGCACACGCUGUGAACUUUGACCUUUGAGUUGAGAGCGGAUUUGACUCCCCGUGCAGACUGAGCUGAACCCACCAAAGGACUUUUUCUUUUACUGAGCAGGUGAGUGAAUAAAGAUGGAGACGGGAAUUAGCCAAAAGCAGCUAGCGCAAUGCUAACUUCCCACGUGAGUAAAGGCCCAGCACGUACAUGACAAACACUUAUUGUUUAUACAUACAGACAAUGUUUUAUCGACAGUAUUAUUCUCUCUUUUCUCAUUUCCGUCCAUAUUUUAGUCAAAUAUCCGGAUCAAGUUUACUUUUGAAGCAUAAAAGUGCACCCAGUUUUCAAAAUUCCCAAAACAAAGUUUUAUCAAAGACGAUGAUGUGAUGAAGACGUACUGUUUAGUUUCUGUGUGUUUUUGUUCAAAGUGCAGCAUAAAUAUAAUUAUUUUUCCUGUGGUGCAUUUUACUGGAAGGUCGGUAUAGAAUUAAAUAUCAAGCACGGUUCACUUCUCAAAUAAAUGACUCAAAACUGUGAAGAAAUACCACGUUUUUGUUAAACGUAUGUUGUUGUUGUUGAUAUGUGAUGUCAUCUUGUUUCUAUUCGGCCUCUCAUUCAGUGUUUGUUCCUGUUUUGUUUCAUAAUGUGCUCCCGUGUUUUUGGGCCAUGUGAACUUUAUGGAGUUUAUAUAUUUAUAUACGCGUCUGUUUCUGUCCAGAUAGUUUCAAUAAAAAUGAAAAUUUAAAACAAUGUGUAUGUGCAGAAAAUCCGAUUUUAUUUGAUUAGACAUUAAAACACUUUUGGAAAAUCAAAACAGAGAAACAAUCUACAUUUCAGUCGUUGUAUUGAUUAUUGUUUUUCCCUAGAAUAGAAUAUUGUCUUAUUCUUGAUUCCAAACACAAACAACAGUGUUUAUUGAGGUGAUUUUAAUGUUUUUAUGGCUUGUCAAAUAGUUUGAUUAUGUCAUGUAUGUUGUGGGUCCGGAGAAUGUGAAUAUUGUGAUUAUAUUCAAAUAAUAAAUGAAAUAAUACAUUUUUUUAUUAAAACGUAGGUGCAAUUUAGAUCAAUUAAUCAGAGGCACAAGGCAAUUCUAUUUUUCAUGGGAGGAACGUUUUUUUUAUUUUUUUUAUUUUCUAACCUCAAAUAAGGAGAAGAAUAAAAGGGACACAGUUGGUUCACGACAGCUCGUAAAGAACGUCGUCUUCUCCCGACCUCUCCCCACCCGGCUGUCUGUCACCUGAGGAGCUCGUCACAGCCGAUGGUGGAGCAGGCUCUUGUUUUUAUGGAUGAGUGUGUGUGUGUGUCCAGUCAAUGUAGGCUGAGGGAGCCGUGAUGUGACUCGGGUUGUGUUGCUGUGUAUUGGGUGAAACCCUGCGUGUCCCCUCAAGUUUCAUCUUUCAUUCUGGAUCAUCAGACCUCGUCUCAGGUCUGAUUUGUGUACUUUGGAGCUCGGUGGGUAGUCUGCUGAGGUCACAAAUGGAGACUUUGAAUUAUGGACGCGUCUAUGUCCAUCUUUGCUUUUUCCUCAUUUGGAUCAGUCGUGUUUUCAAAAAAACAACAAACAAUGAACAAUAAAGACGAUUAUAAACCAUC